UACCAAAAAGUUUACAGCAGAAACAGUAAACCGAAUCUCUUGAUAUAGAGUACAUAAGCCACUCUCUUUUAACUUUCUCUCCAUUGGUGAGGUUCCGAUAAAAAUAGCUAUCCAGUUCGUUACUUGACGGGGUCCUUUUUCCGUUAAAAAUCUUGCAUCUGUAGAUGUAAUUAUUUCAGGCCGUUCUCCAGGAUCAUCAGAUAUUACGAUAGAAUUGGAAAUUGGUACAUCUACAUCUGAUGCUGAUGCGAAGGCAAGAUUUUCAAUAUUAUGUUCCUGGGUAACAUUUGUAUCACUAUCAGAAACAAACGAGGUAUUUGAAGAGCAACUAGGGCGAGCAUCAUUGCCGGUAUUCUCAAGCUCAGGAAAACCACUGUUUGUUUUUCUGACGGCUUCAAAUAUUUUUUCAAAGAAUCGGCUAAUUUUUCCUUCGCUUCCAUUUUCUGCUGUCUUUGUUGGUGAUAUUGGUAACCUGAUAGUCGUUUUCUUUUUCUGUCCUUAAACAGAAAAUUUCAUAUUCAAAUCAAAGGUGAUAAUUAGGUAAUUAAUCAUAUUAGUGUUGUCACAGGGUUGUAUUAAUACUUUGAUAGUUACUUACCAUUUUUACAAUUAAAUGAAUUCACAAACUUUUAAAUCUCCACUACGCUACUAAUUUAAUUGAAAAUAUGAAAAUAUACAGAAACUGUUUCUUGUUUAAAUAAUAAAUUGAAAUGACCCUUUCUGCAAAAUCAACACAAAUUUAUAUUCAUUUUCACUUUUGUACGGUUUCCGAGUUUUUUACCCUUUGUAUCUAGCCGCUGCCGCUAAAUAGAAUCAAGUACCGACAAAGCAACACGUGCCGUCGGCCGUCGGCGUCGGUGUCAUAAAAAGAUCAUCACUUCGAGCAGCGGUGGCGUUAGAGAAGAGAGAGACGGUUAGUCAAGUGUCUGGUCUAGCUGUUUUGCCGCCCCUUGACUUGGCCGUCUGUGUUUUGCACACAUUCGCCACAUAGUCGGCGCGGCCCUGUGUCAAAUGCAUAUACUCGCAUGGAAGAGAAGUAUAAUAAUAAUGAACGUGGCUUUUGGUUUUUAGGUGAUUCUGGCUACCCUUUACAACCAUGGUUGUUAACACCAAUCGAAGGAGCACAAGAAAAUACCCCAGAAGGUCGAUAUACAGCUGCACAUAUACGUGUGAGAAAUACUGUCGAGCGCUGUAAUGGAGUUUUAAAAAUGCGCUUUCGCUGUCUCCUAAAACAUCGUGUUCCCCACUACAGUCCCAUUAGAGGAGCACAAAUAAUAUAUUCCUGCAGUGUAUUACAUAACAUUCUUACAUCGCAUAAUAUAGAAGUGGAAGAUAAUUAUUUAGAUUUGAAUGUAGGUCAGGAAAAUAUUGAAGAAAAUUAUGAGCUACGAAAUGGGAAUUUACUUGCUGCAGGUCGUGGAAUAAGAAACCAAUUGAUAAGAAAUUAUUUUAAUUAAUAUUAUUAAUACAAAUUGUUUAAAACAAAAAUCAUGU